UUUGAUUGUUCGCAUCUCUACCCAAACCGCUAUCUUCUUCUUCAUCGCGACUCAUUCCAUUUCGCGCCCGAAGAACCGAACGAAUUUUAGUAGAAGCUGCAGAUUCGGCCCUACUACUGAUUACUGUCGUCGCAGGAACCUCCUGUCUAGACACCUUGACUCUUCAACUCGAUCUCCCUUACGCUUACGAACAUCUCACCCAGUAUUUGCCACAGUCUUCGCUUUGCUGCAUCGAUCCGCAUUCAAAUAUCUCAUUCCUUUGCUCUCGCCUUUUAAUUGUCCUUGGAAAUUGUGUUAGACAAGAUGACGGAACCAGAUGAAGUCGAAGAAGAUCUCUUCGCUGACCUGUACGAUGGCGAUGAGCCUGCACCUUCCUCCAACUCUCUGACCCAAAGCGCUACCACGACGGCGCCUGUGAACCCCGCAGCCAGCACUCAAAAUGAUGUUCCCGGCUACGGCGAAGAACCCGAGGUUGCUUAUGAUCCCAACUCGUUCGAUGUUGAUAUCACCACAAACGACGAUGCGAUCAACGACCCACAAGCAUCCAACUUCGAGCUUGACUCUGAGAAACCCCCUCCCGUUGAGUCGUCGGGGAUUACUAUGAAAGAAGAUGGGAAAAUGUUCAUUGGUGGACUCAAUUGGGAAACCACAGAUCAAUCCCUUCACGAUUACUUUUCACAAUUUGGCGAGGUUCAAGAAUGCACAGUUAUGCGUGAUAGCGCUACGGGACGAUCACGAGGCUUUGGCUUUCUUACCUUUCGGGAUCCCAAAACGGUCAACACGGUGAUGGUGAAGGAGCAUUUCCUUGACGGCAAGAUUAUUGACCCUAAGCGAGCGAUUCCUCGAGACGAACAAGAAAAGACGGCCAAAAUUUUUGUGGGUGGUGUCAGCCAAGAAGCGACCGAAGAAGAUUUCGAGGAGUUCUUUGCCAAGUUCGGGCGAGUGGUGGACGCAACCCUGAUGAUGGACAAGGAUACUGGCAGGCCCCGUGGCUUUGGAUUUGUGACCUUUGACAGUGAUGCGGCGGUGGAGCGGUGCCUCGAGAAUCAACCUCUUGCAAUUCUUGGCAAACAAAUCGAGGUGAAACGUGCUCAACCGAGAGGCAAGAUGGGCGAAGAGGAUGAGUCCGCUCGAGGAGGCCGUGGCCGAGGCAAGUUUGGUCGAGAUGAUCGCUUCGGCAAUGAUAACAAUUCAGCUGGGCAAGGGAACCAGAACCCAGGCGCAAACAUGGCUGGCGGUAUGACUCCUCAGAUGAUGGCACAGUACUGGCAGCGAAUGCAACAAUACUUUGCCAUGAUGCAGCAGUCGAUGGCGUCGAACAUGAUGGGAGGAAUGGGCAUGAACCCUCAGAUGAUGGCUCAAAUGCAGAUGCAACAGAUGCAGCAGAUGCAGAAGAUGCAGGGCGGCAACAGCCCCAACCCGCAGAAUGGGGGCAACAUGGGCAUGACGCCUCAAAUGAUGCAGCAGAUGAUGCAGAUGCAACAGCAAGGAGGGAUGAAUGGAAUGAACAUGGGCAAUGGCCGUGGCGGCAUGGGACAGUCCAACAACGGCGGCCGGGGUUCGUUUUCGGCACAGGAUCAGAUGGCGUUUGAACAGCAAAAGUACGAACACCAAUCGGGCGGACGACGUCAAGGAGCAUUGCCAACAGGACCUCGGGGUGGUGGAUUCCAGAACCAAAACCCUCAAUCGUGGGAAGGCAUGUAUGAUGAUGUUCCACAACCGGAUGGAAGAGGAUCAGUAGGACCGGUCCGCAACAACACACCCAAACCACCCAAAGGACCCAGUGGAGGAAACCAGGCAGCUCCUGCAAACGCACCCACGGGGCCCAAGAAUGCUGGGAAACCUGCUGGGAAUUUCCGCGGAGGACGAGGCAGAUUUCAUCCAUAUGGACGAUGAGUAUGUUGGAUGCGGGCGGCCAACGAGGGUGUAAGAUCUUUGACGAAGGAACACGGUUUCGGGCGAUUCUAACGCAUCAUCAGGCGUUGAUGGAAAGCAGAGGAUGGCAUGGUCGCGGUCAUAGUCGAAGGUGUUUUGUGAGAAACUGGCCUCAAGAGACUAUGGGUCAUUCAAGCUAAGUCAUGGAGAUUUACUGAUGGAGAGGCCUUUUGUGAUGACCACAGAGCUCACAAUUGAAGCAAGCAGACGACAAAUGCAUGUACUAUCAAAAAAAUGGGAUUAAUUUCUUGCCAAAAAGAAA